AUGUCUACAAGUGGCAGACUACGGCUAAGUGAUUUUAAAGACUUAGAAGAAAUUGGUCGUGGUGGAUUUGGAAUAGUAUAUGCCGCAACUCAUCCUAACGGCGAGCGCAUUGCUCUGAAAAAGAUUUGUUCACGAGCGGCAGCUGAACGCAUUAAAGGAGAGAUUCGAGCGAUAAGAUGCAUGCGUCACCCUAACAUUGUGCAGUUCUUCGAAGAUUUCAUAGAUGGCAAUGAUACCUAUGUAGUAAUGGAAUUAUGUGAGCUGGGUUCGAUGCGAUCUUAUGUCAAGAAGAAUGGACCACUGAGUGAUCGAGCAGCUGCCUAUGUGCUGAGGCAGAUUAUAAGUGCGGUCAAGUACAUGCAUCGAGAAGAUGUGCUACAUAGAGAUCUUUCGACAGGAAAUGUUCUCAUUAGUAGGAUUUUCUCACCCGAGAAGAUAUCCGUGAAAUUAUGUGAUUUUGGCCUUGCAACGCACCUUCGCAAAGGAGAAACUGCUUGCACAGUAGUGGGUACACCAGGCUACAUUGCACCUCAGGUCUUCAAGCAGGAGUACGAUCAGGCAGCAGAUGUUUACUCGUUGGGUGGAGUUUUGUACACAAUGCUGACUGGUAGCGAUCCACCAUCGAAAGGCCCAGUGCGCCUCGAUGGCCUUGGAAUUUCAGCCGUUGAGUUAAUUGAACGCAUGAUGGAACCGGACGCUAGCAAGCGAAUAUCCUUGAAUGACAUCCAACAGUCGACAUUUAUGAUCGACUAUUGUGAGAUCACUUCAAUUUCCCGAGAAUGGGCAGCGAUGGGGGAUCGUAAAAAUAUUCGCUCUCACGAACGACGACAUUCGCGCGAGUAUUCGAAAGAACGGAGAAGUGGCUAUGAAAGGUCGCGAGAAUACGUUAUUGUGGACGAUAAUCUGAUGGUGUUCGAAGUGGCCAACAAGAACGGCUUCAUAGCAAAAAUUGUGACUGUUUCCAUUGAUAGUCACGGGAAACAGAAGGUAAGUUUCUUCUCUUAG